CACCACAACGAGGAGACAUAUCACAUAGCAAGGACACAUAGGGCCUUGCAUAAAACGGUCAAUUAGCUACCGAACAACACAGCUAAGCGUACUUGAGGAUACUUUACCUUUUGGCAUCCCUUGGAGCCCCCAGAAGUAACUUAAACUUGUUGCAUUUUGUAAGUGUAACAAUCAGUGUUUAAAGUAGUUUGAACCACAACACAUUGUGGUUAUCUAUUUUUCUGCGAUUCUCUCCGUGGCUGUAGGGCCUUAAACAUACACCUCAGUCUCACAACUCUGGAUUGUUUUAUUGCUCCUCACCGCUAGCACCUAACAUCGGCCUUGCAUGAUACCGUCACGUCGUCGUGAGAAUUUCAAGAGCGCGGUGACCGUUUGAAUUCGUUUCGCUGCCGAAUUAAGACGGCAAGUGUCUUUGAGUAUGGAUCAGGUGGUCACGGAGCAGCCAGCAGCCCUGGGCGGGCCGGACGACCAGUCGCCAUCGGAUGCCGACCAGGAGCCUGCCGCUGCUGGUGCUGACGCCGCGCAGCAGAGCGUCAUCAGCGGGUGUCCGCCCGGCCUGGAGCACUUGGCUGUGGCGCACAGAAUCAAAAUCAAACAGCAGGUGGAGCUCGCAGAAGUCCUGACCGGGUUGGAGACUGCCAACCACUAUAUCCUACUGAACGAGCAGAACCAGCAGAUAUACGCCGCCGCCGAGCAGAGCGACUGCCUGGCGCGCUGCUGCUGCGGCGCCAGCCGCGCCUUCGACAUGCUGCUGAUCGACAACCAGCGCAUGGAGGUGGCGCGGUUCGUGCGCCACUACCGGUGCUGCGGUAUGGGCUGGUGCAGCUGCUGGUCACGGUGCUGCCUGCAGCGGAUGGACGUGACCCGCUCGGGCCAGCUGCUCGGCGUCGUCACGCAGGACCCGCGCCCCUGUUCGACCAGCAUCAGCGUGCGCACGGCCGAGGGUAGCACAGCGCUGCGCGUGCGGCGCGGCUGCUGCCGGUGCACCGUCAGCGUGCCGUGCUGUACCUGCUGCUGCCCCGGCUGCCGGGAGGUGAGCUUCACCAUCAGCGCCGAGGAGGACGGCAGACAGGUGGGCGUCGUCACCAAGAAGUGGUCCGGCGCCGCCCGCGAGCUGCUCACCGACGCCGACAGCUUCAGUCUAGAGCUGCAGCGCGACCUGGACGUGCGCGUGAAGCUGGGCGCGCUGGCCGCAGUGUUCCUCAUCGACUUUAUGUUUUUCGAGCAGAAUGGCAUGUCGCAGAAGGGCCGUUCUGGGCCGGGAAGCUGCUGCUGCUGCUGCUGCUGAUGUACCGAGUUCUUAUGUAUUGGUCGAUUUUCUGCAGUAGAUUUGCUUAAUUCGGAAUAUUUGCUCGAUUGUUUGCUCAUUCACUCGAGCGUUGACAUUCGGCAGUGUUGUGCAUGUUCGCAAUAUACCUAUACAACAUAA